AUGACCGUGGAGCUCAAUACCAACACGAGCAGCUCCUCCGCCGACGCCUCGGACUCUGCACCAAGCGACAUUGCACCCCCCACCACGGCCCCGCCAGCUCCCGCCCCAAGCCCCUCGGUGCCUGAUGCUCCUACCGCGAAUGCUGUUCUGAACUCCCCGUCGGUGGACCGAACCCCCGGGCCUCCGCCUCUCCGCUCCCACCGCCAGCCCACCCCGGACCUGCUCCCCCCCAUCCUCCCGAUGAGCAGCCGCAGAGUCGUUGCGCUGCUCUUUCCAGAGCGAGGAGCUGAUGUCGUCCGCGCCCCGCUGAUCUCCGCGAUCUUCACCAAGCUGACCCCAUCCCUCUUCAACUGCGGAUUCAUCUCGGAAGCUCGCGCCACCAACGGCGAGACCCUUCGCUUUGCCGGGCGUUCUUACGGGUCGAUCUGCUAUUUUUGGCCGACCCUGCAAUCCGCUAAUGUGUUUCAUGCCGUUUUCAGGCACCCCUUCGAAAAAUCCUCUGGACGUUCCAUCCGUGCCAAGCCAUACAUCGACCCCCACCCUGACUUCACUGAGGCCAAAGCGAGCGGCUCCCCCAUCCUCUCCCUACGCAUGCCAGACGACCCGGACUUCCUUUCUAUUCCCGCCCUGCUUCCUACUGGUGGCAAGUCCCCGGCCAUCCCCGUGAACGUCUCCACCCACGAGUGCUCCAAAUGUGCUAGCAACCACCGUGUGGAGGAUCACGCGGUUUUCCCCUGCCUGCGCAAGGGGCACCUCAACAACAAAGCGCAAAUCACCGUCGCUCAACUGCAAAAGUCGUACGGUGGAUCCCUUGGAGCCCGAGCCGCCCCCACCUCCGUCCGUGCUGACCCCGGCAUUCUCCUCAUCGGCACGGAUAUGAGCGUCGAGCCCUGGACCUGCGUGCUGUGUGACCUCGUUUGCGGCUCGACGCUGGACAGUGCGCUAGAGCAAUGGCCUCCGCAUAGCACCGCUCAUGUGCUCGGCAACGCGCACAAACCCGCAGCCAAGGAGACGUACGACACUUGGAGUGCCGCUGCCUUCCUGAAGGACGAGAAAAUUGCUGCCUUCCUCAAGCAGAUGAAGCUCAUGUCGCAUGUCAAAGUGUCCCAUGCUUGCUGCAUGUGUGCUGCCCCGUUGUGA